AUGAAGUUCUUUCUUUGUCUACUUUUCCUUUGCUGGGGACUUUCAUAUUGUUUUUCCACAAAAAACCUGAAACUGGACACUAAAUGGGAAUCAUGGAAGACCACAUACAGCAAGAACUAUUCUGAGAAGGAGGAGUCUUUCAGGAGACUGGUAUGGGAGAAGAACCUGAAAUUCAUUAAUGAUCACAAUCGCCUGUAUAAGGAGGGAAAGAAAACCUACUUUCUGGGAAUGAAUGCUUUUGGGGACAUGACUAUUAAAGAAACUGGGAGCAUGCUGAAUAUUCCUUUGCCACCAGUGAGGAUAAGAAGAAAUACAAAGCUCAAAAAAGCAACUUAUUCUGGCCUUCCUAAAAGAGUGGACUGGAGGAAGCAUGGCUUCAGGAACCCUGUUAGAAAUCAGUGGGGAUGCGCUUCCUGCUGGGCAUUCAGUGCUGUAGGAGCUGUGGAAGGCCAGCUCUUCCGGAAAACUGGAAAACUUGUGGAACUGAGUAAACAAAUGCUGAUUGACUGUGAUAGACAACAAAGCUGUCGUGGGGGAUUUGUCACUGGUGCAUUCAAGUAUAUGAAAAAUAAAGGCAUUGUCUCUGAGGAAUGUUACCCUUAUAAGGCCAAGAAAAAUAAGUCGUGCUUAAACGAAACUAAUUGUCCAGUUACUAAAAUCAAGAAACAUGUGUUCCUCCCCUCCGGAAAAGAACAAGCUCUGAUGCAUGCUGUGGCAACUGUUGGACCAGUGUCUGUGACAGUUCAUGCCAUAAAAUCUUUCUUCUACUAUCGAGGAGGACUUUACAGUGAAACAAAAUGUAAAAAGCGUCAAAUAAACCAUUCUCUACUGGUGGUUGGAUAUGGAUAUGAAAAAAAAGAUGAAAAUAAAAAAUACUGGAUUCUUAAAAAUAGCUGGGGUGCAAAUUGGGGUAAAAAAGGCUACAUGCAUUUUCAAAAGGACUACAACAACCAAUGUGGUAUUGCUAACUACGCCUUCUAUCCUGUUCUGUAA